AUGGCAAGGAAGCUGAUAGAGGAGUAUAAGAAAUGGGGGUUGGAGGUAAAUAUAGCCAAAACUGAAUGUAUGACUGUAGGGGGGCCACAAGAGAACAUAGUCUUAGAGGAUGGAAGCGUGAUAAAAAACUGCGACAAAUAUAAAUAUCUCGGAUUAAAAAUAACUAACGAUGGAAAACUCGACGAGGGUAUAAAAGAUCGAAUAAUGCAAGGCAGAAGGGCAACAUCUAUGUUGAAUGGUGUGCUGUGGGAUCAAGGAAUCUCUAAAACUAAUAAGAAGAAUAUAUAUAAUACGGUAGUGAAAAGCAUAAUAACUUACGGAAGCGAAGUAUGGCAGUUGAAAAGCAGAACAGAGAACAUGCUAUUAGCGACCGAAAUGGAUUACUGGAGGAGAUCUGCUGGAAAAUCGAAAAGAGAACAAAUAACCAACAACAGAGUAAGGGAGAUUAUGAGAGCAGAACACACAAUUGUUGACGACAUAAGAACAAAACAACUCAUAUGGUUUGGUCAUGUGCAACGAAUGCCCGAUCACAGAAUACCAAAACAAAUUUUACUGUGGACACCUCGAGGCAGAAAUAAAAGGGGUAGGCCGGGAGGUAGGAGGGUGUGGAUAAAGAACUAG